GUUGUACUAAUAUUUCCAAUACACAUUCAUUAGAAAAAGAUGGUUACUUGCUUGUGUGGACUGGUGAAAUGUUAUGCAUAGCAAAGACUCUUGCAAUGUACCAAUCAAUAGGUGGAAAGCACAGUUUUGUUUCUGGAAGU